UUUAGGAUGCAGACAUCAUAAAUCAUCUAAAAACAUUAAAAUUUUUGGUGAAAAAAUGAACUGUUGCGCUAUAAAGUUGGCAAAUAGAACGGAGGAACGUGCAAUUUCCCAUAAGGACGAACACCGCUGCCUUCUGCUUUUAUUGGAAAACGACGAUAAUCACAGGCCAUCUUCAUCUAAUGAAGACCUCUGCGAUCAACAAUCCGAACAACCUUGCUUAUCAGUAUUAAACAUAAUGUUACCGAAAAAUGUUAAAUCUUUCAACACCGGUAGUUCGACACAGCGAUGGGCAAACAAGCGACCAAGACUCAAAUCCGCGAAACUGAUACAAGAGAAAGAGCCCAAGCUGGUCGAUAUGGAGUCUAUUAACGUCCCAAUUUUAAUUGAAGAACUCGAUAAUGAUAUUAAAGAAGAAGUUCCCGAAGAAAUCGACCCGGAUAUACAAAAGCUCCUGGAGGAAACUCACGUUCAGGACGGUCACGAAUGUAGAAUGAGCUGCGACGAUACCAGCGAAAGGGCGCACAAGUUAAAACGGAAACAUCGAAAAAAGUCGAAAAAGGAUAAAGAGAAAAAGAGUAAACAUAAAGUAAAAAAAACCGUGUCGUUCUCACUUUCCAAACCACCAACUCCACAAACAGAGCAAAUAAUUAGAGUCGACGUCGUUUCAAAUUAUUCCGUCGAAUUCGAAACUUGCGAAAGUAAUCGUUCAGAUUGCGUUCCAUCUACGCCCGAAAAACUGUCCGACGAAAAACAUUAUCACGAUACAAGCGCGCAAUUUAUGUACCAGUUAUAUUGUGCCCAAAAAUUAAACGAGACGAAAAAUUUCUAUCUCGAAAGUAAAAAGGCUGUUCUUUUUCCGAGACUUAAUGAGAAAUGAGUAUACGAAAAUUUAAUUGUUACAUUUGUAUGCUUGCUAGAGUUUAUUGCGUUAAAAAGAAGUUUGUUGCAAAAAA